AUGGCAGACAACUACGAUUUCACUUCGCUGGCACUCAUGCCGAACAUCAACCCGGGAAUUGUCGCAGGCCUCGCAGUCGAUAUUUCUGCCUUCAACAGAAUUUCCAUCAUCUCAAAUGCACUCAUCACCCCGGCCGAUACCGACACAUGUCGGCUUUUCGCAGCCCACCUCAGAACGAUUAUCGAUGAUAUGCAGCCGCACAUGACGGCAUUCAAUGACAAGAUCGAGGAAAAGCGAGUGCAGCUAACCGACGGAGGACAUGCGAUUGGAAACCGGGGCGUGGAUCAGGAGACGAUCAACCUUUUGCAUCGCCGUAUAAUGCUUGAACGGUUCAUUGAAGAACUCGAGCAGAUGAUACGAAGUGUUGAAGCCAAAGUUUCGGCUCAUCACGCAGCCGCAGAGGGGGGCGGUCAAGCGCAUGCCUCCGACGAGGACGAGGACGAUGAGGAUGGCGACGACACGGAAGACGACGACGCGGAAGACGACGACGAAGAAGACAACGAGCAGAGCAUUUUCGCCUGCAUUCAGUGCGGCAAGACUUACGCCCGACAGAGAUCCCAUCGACAGCACGUUCGCAUGAGCCAUCCGGGACUGCAAUGCCGGCAUCCGACUUGCGGACUCACGACCACGACAGAGCGGGACAUGCUCAGACAUCUCGAGGCCUCCCACAUUAUAUCUUCCGAUGUGAUCUUGAAUGAACAGAGCAGAUUCCCCUGCUCUUGGGCGAGCUGCGGUAAGACGUUCAAGGCCAUCAGCUGUGUCCGACGGUGUGUGCUCUACCACAAAACCGCCGCAUGA